GUUUAUAAGCAUCAUACCCAAAUCAUAGCAUAUAUAUUCUAGUCGUAAGUUAAGAGUUACUUUGUUGUGAGCGCGUCGAAGUGUAUGGAUAUUCGUCUUGUGUUUUCUAAGUGUUUGCGGAUAUGAGAGGUAUAAAAGGUGUUGAGAGAAAGGGAACAACAUUGAAUGUUCAAUUUGUCGAUGGAGAAUCCAUAACCUUUGAAGAUUGCUGGCUUCGAGAUAAUUGCAGAUGUUCGACGUGUUUCAAUGCAUCAACGAAUCAAAGGGCUUUUCAUAUUUUAGACUUGCCCGAGGUUUCUUUUCAAGACGUAAAAUGUAAUAAAUCAGGCCUCACCGUGAUUUGGAACGAUAACCACAUAUCUACCUACACACCGGAUUUCUUAAUACAAUUUCACAAUAAAAUUUGGAACAAUGACCGAAGGAUGACGCCAAAGUUAUGGAGAGGCGAAGUUCCAGAAGUUGCCAGAAUUCCUGUUCACACAUUCAUUAACAGCACCGAUGGAGCUAAAUUAAUAUUUCAAUCGCUACUCGACUAUGGCUUGGCGUUUGUCGAACAAGUUGAACCCACACUAGAAGCCACGGAAGUGGUUUGCAAGGCACUAGGUGGAAUUCAGAACACCCUUUUCGGUGGGAUGUGGACGAUCAGCCCAGAGCCUGGUGUUAAUGAUACAGCAUACAUGAAUAUUGCUCUUAAACAACAUACAGAUCUAUCAUCCUUUACGGAACCGGCUGGACUUCAAGUAUUCCACUGCCUUCAACAUGACGGUAAUGGUGGAGAAAGCGUCGUGUCUGACGGUUUUUACGCGGCAAAUAAAUUAAAAGAAGAGCAUCCUGAGGACUUCGAAUUUCUGACCCGAUACAACGUUGAAGCGGAAUAUAUGUUCAAUGGCCACUCGUACAGAUACGCGGCGCCUGCCAUUGAAUUGGAUAGAUUUGGAGAUCUUAAGGCAAUCAGAUUUAAUUCAUUCGACCGAGCGCCGAUCGCCUUCGAUAAACCAGAAGAAUGCAGAGCAUAUUACCGAUCAAUGAAGAAUUUUGCGAAAUACAUAGAAGAUCCAGCCUGCCAAUGGCAAUUUAAAUUAAAACCAGGUACGAUUUUGGCAUUUGACAACUUCAGAGUACUCCACGGUAGGACUGGGUUCACUGGCAUGAGGGUUAUUGGCGGGACCUACGUAGCAAGGACUGAUUGGCUGGAUAAAGCUCGUGCUUUAGAACUUAUAAAGUAAUAUUAAUGUUAAAACUCCAUUUCACACGAGAAUUGACAACAAUCCCUAU